AAAAAAGAUAAACUGUCGUGUGUGUGUAUGUGUGUGUAUUUUUUAUUUUUUUUUAAGUUGCACAUAGUUGUCAUGGAAACAGAUUUAAGAGGCCAUUUCCCACUCUGCUAGUGCGCGUUGCUUAUCGUGGCACCAAAGCUCAAUCAGUGUGCUCCAAUUGAAAACAACUCGACAUCAGGUGGGGCAUUGUUUUUUUUUUUAAUUCUAUCAUUAGUUGAAAAACGGUUCGUUUUUUUGCUCUGUGUGUGUGUCAUGGAUUGGUGAGAAAGCGCUCAAGGACACAUCUGCAGUUUGAUAAAGAAGGGCCUCCACUUGACCUCUUCUUUGGAAUAUUCAUUCUACAACAUAAUUUUCCCCUUUUGGGGGUCCCAAAACCCCCAAACCAAACUUGGUUGUUUCUCGAAUGGACUUCAGAAGGGGAAAGUGUGUUGCAGCCAGCAUUGUGUGGUGUUGGUGGCCCCAUUGGGCCAUUCCUAGUUCUUUUUUUUAACACGCAUGCAUGGAAAGUUAGGACAGGAGCCCCAGAAAAUUGUGGUGACAACAGCUGUCCAACAGGGGCCAAAUGUGAUUUUUUUUUCCUACGGGGCCCAGAAUGCAUGCAUGCAUUCCCUCAUGUUUGCCCCCCUCCGGCUGCAAACGUCAUACAGCGCUGCCCUGUCAUGACUUUUCAGUGUGUGUAGAAAGCAGCGAGAUAGAAACGUAUUAAAACCACGUCAGGUCCCAGCUGGGAGGUAGCCCCGCCCCCUUUUCCUCACAGAGAGAGAGGGAGAUAGUGAGUGUGCACUGCAGCCCUAUCCCCCUCCUGAAAGUGAAGUGGCGUUCACCUGUGCAGGAUGUCCUCCAUGCAGCGGGCUGCAGUCAGGAGACGACCCAGCUUCCACAGCUCACAGGCGGAUGCCUUGAGGAUCAGACGCCGCUUGUGCGGGUUGCAAUGAAGCAGAGGAACUAAAAAGAGAUUUCUGCCUGAUUUUUUUUUGCCCCCUGUCCGUCCCUCUUGCGCGCUCUCUCGGUGGAAGGGUCCGAUCCGGGGAAGAGUGCGCAGCGGACGCGCGUCACUGCGCCAUGCAGAGAAGCACCAAGGCGCGCUCUGGCACGCAACUCUCCAGGCUUUGUGCAACACUUUGCAUGCAUUUACUUUCCACGCAAGCGUGACCAGCCGCCUUUUUUUACGCAUUGUCCGAGUCGGUGGUGUGCGAACCCCCACCCCCAUGCACAAACAUUCUAAAAGAUGAGAGCAGUGGGCCUCCACGGAUCGUCCGUCUCCUACCGGAAUUGCGAGUGGCGGCUCGGGCCGGAGAGACGACAGGGAGAGCCCGGAGAGGAGGAGCUUUCAUCCAGGGGGACCGCCUCGGAGCGGGCGCUGCUGCUGCUGCUGCUGCUACUGCUGCCUCCGGUGCUCGUGGAACUGCGGGGGGAGGGCGAAGGCUCCCUCCGUGUGAGAUUAUAACAACUCUGUUUGUUUGCGUCCCCACCCCUCCUCUCCUACCGCCUGCCUAAUUAGUGCAAAGAUGCGACAUAACGAACAGUGGCCUACUUAAGAGCUGCCAUCGGGUGCUCUCGUCAGGGUGGCACUUUGGGGUCACCUCACGAGGUAGAGUGGGGGGCGUUGCGCACGUGGAGGCCUGCAGCUGUGAAUGUACCUGUCCUAUGAGAUCAUUUGUGACAUCACGUCCUCCCACCUGCGCGUCUCUGCCAGCUUUUUCCCCUCAAAGGGACAGAAAAACGCCAACAUAUUUUCAUAGAGAGGACUACUGAGUGCCAAAUACAUUUUUGUCAUCCUAUUGCUCUUGAAUGCAUCUGCUUUCACUUAGUUUUGUACUUAGAGGCUUCAAUUUGAAUAUGUAGUUGUGAUCAGACUGCUGGAGUUGGAUCUCGGUGUGUUUUAGGUGCCUUGGAAGUGGAGACUGCUGGUUCAUCAUCACUUAUUCAUACACAGCUAUUUGUCUAUCAAAUAUUUAAAGUCCACCUUUUGCAACUUGGGAGUGUAUUUUUUUUAACCUCGUCCAGCCCGAAAGCUCCUGAUUCACUUCUUGUUUUUUCCUGGCAAAAUAUCCGUCUGGAAGUGAAAUCCCGGCCUUAAAGCCAGACCGUGGGAGUCAUGUGUCCUGGCACCUUCUGGCACACGCCCGGACGCUGCUCAUAGACGCUUACGUGCCGCCGAAGCAUUGAUUGAGACGAGGUAUCGGGCGGAAUGUAACACAAACUUUGGAGCUACUGCUGGGAUAAGUCAGUGAAUGCAUCAAGCUCUUACUGUGGAGGGGGUGUUGCUUGCCAGUAGACGUGUGGACACAAAAAGCACAGAAACAAGCGGCAUAGUAGAUCACCGAGCUCGGCGGAAGAGCAUAGCCACAGGGAAGCAGCCCAGCAUGGAGGUCCCUCCCACUGCCCCCCUUCAACCCUUCCGACAAUCCAGUUUCCUCAGCAGAAGGUUGAAGGGCUCCAUCAAGAGGGCCAAGAGUCAGCCCAAACUGGACCGAACCAGCAGCUUCCGCCACAUGAUCCUCCCCCGCUUCCGCAGUGCCGACCAGGACAGGACGCGUUUGAUGCAAAGCUUCAAAGAGUCGCACUCCCAUGAGUCCCUGCUGUCUCCCAGCAGCGCCGCCGAGGCGCUGGACCUCACGCUGGAUGAGGACGCCAUCAUCAAGCCGGUGCACUCCAGCAUCCUGGGACAGGAGUACUGCUUUGAGGUGACCACGGUGUCGGGAACCAAGUGCUUUGCGUGUCGCUCGGCGGCCGAGAGAGACAAAUGGAUCGAGAACCUGCAGAGAGCCGUCAAGCCCAACAAGGACAACAGCCGGAGGGUGGACAACGUGCUCAAACUGUGGAUCAUCGAGGCCCGCGAGCUGCCGGCCAAGAAGCGCUACUACUGCGAACUGUGCCUGGACGACAUGCUGUACGCUCGCACCACCAGCAAGCCGCGCACCGACACCGUCUUCUGGGGCGAACACUUUGAGUUCAACAACCUGCCGGCCGUCCGCAACCUGCGCCUUCACCUCUACAAAGAGACGGACAAGAAGAGACGCAAGGAGAAGAGCACAUACUUGGGCCUGGUGAGCAUCCCCAUCUCCAGCAUCACCGGCCGCCAGUUUGUCGAGCAGUGGUACCCCGUCAUCCAGCCCAGCGUCCUCACCAAGGGGGCGGGCGUCGGGGGCGGCAAGAUCAUCAACGCAUCCCUCCGCCUCAAAUCCCGCUUCCAGACCAUGAACAUCCUGCCCAUGGAGCUGUACAAGGAGUUCGCCGAGUACGUCACCAACAACUACCGCACGCUGUGCGCCGUGCUGGAGCCCGUGCUGAGCGUCAAGAGCAAAGAGGAAGUGGCCUGCGCGCUGGUUCAUAUCCUGCAAAGCACCGGCAAAGCGAAGGACUUCCUGUCAGACAUGGCGAUGUGCGAGGUAGACAGAUUCAUCGACCGGGAACACCUUAUCUUCAGAGAGAACACUCUGGCCACCAAAGCCAUAGAAGAGUACCUCAAACUGAUCGGACACAAGUACCUCAAGGAUGCUAUCGGGGAGUUCAUCAGGGCCUUGUACGAGUCGGAGGAGAACUGCGAAGUGGACCCCAUGAGAACGCCCCCCUCUGUACUGCCGGACCACCAAGCCAAUCUGAGAAUGUGCUGCGAGCUGGCGCUCUGCAAGAUCGUCAACUCUCAUUGUGUGUUCCCGCGAGAACUUAAAGAAGUGUUCGCCUCAUGGAGAGUACGCUGCGCCGAGCGAGGUCGAGAAGAUAUCUCCGACCGCCUCAUCAGCGGCUCCCUCUUCCUGCGCUUCCUCUGUCCCGCCAUCAUGUCGCCGUCGCUCUUCAACCUGACGCAGGAGUACCCCGACGAGCAGACGUCGCGCACGCUCACCCUCAUCGCCAAAGUGGUGCAAAACCUGGCCAACUUCUCCAAGUUCGGCAACAAAGAGGAGUACAUGUGCUUCAUGAAUGAGUUCCUGGAGAUGGAGUGGGGUUCCAUGCAACAGUUCCUCUACGAGAUCUCCAACCUGGACAGCAUCAGCAGCGCCGGCGGCUUUGAGGGCUACAUCGACCUGGGCAGGGAGCUCUCCAUCCUGCACAGUCUCCUCUGGGAGGUCAUGGCUCAGCUCAGCAAGGACGCCAUCAUAAAACUGGGCCCUUUGCCGCGCCUCCUGAAUGACAUCAGCAUGGCCUUGCGUAACCCGCACCUCCAGAGGCAGCCGAGCCACCAGACGGACCGCAUCCAGGAGCGGCAGGUGGACCGGCUGCUGUCCCGGCCCAGCUUCAACAGGGGCAUCUCGUCCGAGUUCCAGAACCUCAUGAUGAGGGAUCUCAACAGCUCGAUAGACAUCACUCGCUUGCCUUCCCCGACCUCCACGGGUGGGCUCAUGCCAUCCCGCUCCCAGAUGAGCUUUCAGGACCGAGACCACCUCCAUCGAGCGUCAUCCAAAGACAUGUUUUACGUGUCCCGCCCGCCCCUGGCCCGAUCCAGCCCGGCCUACUGCACGAGCAGCUCGGACAUCACGGAACCGGACGCAAAGGAUUCCCGAAUGAACAGCGUGUCUAACCUGCAGUCGGUGGACAUGCUCAACUCCUCCCAGGCCUCCAUCGCCGGCAUGGGCAGCUUCGGGGGGCUGAGCAGCGGAGGCGGUGGCGGCCUGGGGUCGGGCCUGAGCAGCCAGCUGCGGGCGGGUGGGAGGUUGUCAGCUGGCUCUGGCGGCUCCAGCAUGUCCGGCGGCCUCCGGCUGAGCCAGCUGAGCCAGAUGGGCACCACCACCGACUCGCUAUCCCAGCAGCAGCAACAGCAGGCCGCCGCCAUGCGCUACCCGCUUUCCUUCCAGAAUCCCCUCUUUCACCUGGCGACCGCCGACGGGCCCCAGCAGCAGCCGCUCCAUCACCAGCACAGCCGGGCUCAGCCCCCAGCGCCCCUGCUGCUGGCCCCCGAGCCCGAGCCGUCGCACCAGGGCUACAUGCCGCAGUUCGCCCACGGAGGGUUCUCUCGCAGUGAGGACCUGUCCACCCUCAGGACCCGGGACGGGCACCUGGGCCAGCCCAGCAUCAUCCACUCGCACAGCUACAGCGAUGACUACAGCAGGGCCGACUAUGGACGGCGGCAGAUGUCCAUGCACAUGCAGGAUAACAUCCAGCAGCAGCAAAUGAUGGGCAUGGCCUCCCAGACAGGAACCUCCCACUCCUCCUUGGCCACCACCCCUCCCUCCACAGUCCAACCCCGGGCAGCCCCGCCCCCCAGCCAGCGUGUCAGAUCCCAGACGUCCCAUCAGCUGUCUGUCAGCGCGGCCGCUGUUCCCGCCGCCCCGGCCAAGUCCCGCCCGCAGAGCGGCAACCUCCUCCAGUCGCCCGAGUCGGGCUACGGCGGGCGGCCGCACGGCGGGCGGCAGCUAUCCGUGAAAGACAACACGGCGCCGGGCCUGCCUCACCAGCAGAGCUCGGUGAGGGAGUCGGGGAGUCCGCAGGGAACAUCCAGCCCCACCACCCAGCAGUCCCCGCAGCAGCAGCAGCCUCAGCAGCAGCAGCACCUGCUCAAACCCACCAUGAGCAAACAGGGCUCCCAGUCUCCGUCCACCCUCAACCCCCCGACACCGGCCAACGAGAGGACGGUGGCCUGGGUGUCCAACAUGCCUCACCUGUCGGCCGACAUUGAGAGUUCCCGCAUCGACCGCGAGGAGUUCAAACUGAAGGAGUACUCCAAGAGCAUGGACGAGUCACGCAUGGACAGGGUACGAGAGUACGAGGAUGAGAUCAACUGCCUGAAGGAGCGGCUGAUGAUGUCCCACAAGAAGCUGGAGGAGUACGAGCGCCGGCUCUUGACGCAGGAACAGCAGACCAACAAGAUCCUCCUGCAGUACCAGAACCGACUAGAGGACAGUGAAAGGAGGCUGCGGCAACAGCAACUGGAGAAAGACUCCCAAAUUAAAGGAAUAAUUAGCAGACUAAUGGCUGUGGAGGACGAGUUACGGGGAGGACCCGUCAUUGAGCCAAAAACCAGGAUUUUCGCCGAUCAGGAAAACCAGCUUUCCUCCCUGGGUUCUGCAGACCCCGGUGUGAAAAGUGAAGGUGGAGAGGGAGGAGGAGGAGGAACCGCCCAUCAAGACCUCAGAGUGUCUUCCUCGGGGACUCCUUCAGACACCUCUCGCCACAAUGGCCUCCAAAGCGUAGAGCCUCCCUCCGUGGCCGCUCAGAACGGAGAGCUCCGUGGCGACCGAAGCACCGCGGGGAAGCAAGGGGGAGUGGGUUGAACACAACACCGAGAGUCCCAAUCCCAGAGAAUGAGAGAGAGAGCAAGAGAGAGAUUUAAAGGGAAUGUCCUGGAAAGAAGUCUGCAUUUUUGACCUCCCGCUUGACAAUAAAGGGCUUCUUCCUGAUGCUGGCGAGGGGUGGAGCUUCAGCGGUUGUUGUCGGUCUUGCAGGUCAAGAUGGCGACGCGCUUUCGUUAUCUGGCAUCUGUUGGCGUGCUCUCGCCCGCUUGGGCUCCCUUAGUGCCUUCACGUGCGAGUAAGGAAGGUCUGUGGGGCGGGGGCGGUGUGGGGAGGGUUGUGUUCCUAUUUCUUUGGUUUCCCAGCUGGUGGAGUUUUUCUCUUCUCAAUAUCAGAACCCAAACUGGUGCUAAACACAAACAAAUGGUGGCGUUCCGAGUUUGACGUACGUGUGCGCCACAGCGCCCUCUCUGGCGUGACCCGCUCACUGUCCCUCACUGUUGUCAUGACGAUGUCUUUUUGUGUGUCUUUUGGUUGUGUGGAAUGUUCCAUGUUUGCGAUGUACUCACCUCUUUAUGAAUGCAAACAACGCAUCAUUGGCUUGGCUCGAUUGGACACUUGGGGGCAUUUUUGGACAGAUUUGUAGAUGACAUCAUCAACCUCACAAUCCCAAAGUAAAAAUGCUAUUUUUUAAGGUUUUCGAUGUCAGAACAUUCAUACAAUAGGAUGUGGAAUGUGUUUUUAUCCAAUGGAUUCUUUCAUUUUGCGUCUUGUUUGCAUGUUCCCUCAUCCUGUCGUCAGCUUGUUCGUGUCUCUUUGUAGCUUCACACUCUAGGGGGCGCUCCGGCAAGAACCCAAGCCCGUUUAGAAAGGCGGAACCACCAAGAGCUGACCUGUUUGACAUCAGCUUUGGGUUUUUUGGGGGGGGGUUUGCUGCUACUUUGGAGGAUCAGUGGCGUAGCCUGGGUUGUCUGUCCAGUAUGCUCAACAUUUUUCGUCUUUUUGGCGCUUUGGGGCCACCGAAGUUGUUACAUGUUUGCCCAGGAAGUGAUUGUAAACACGUCAGUCCACAUUAUUUACAUCCUCAAGGAGAAACCUGACUUGCUGGUUGUCACCAUGACGACAGGUCAGCCGGGGGAAGGGCCCCCCAACACCCCCACCCCCCACGGUACACAACCUGCUCUGAAAAUUAUUUAUUUAUUUUUAGGUUAUGACUGCUUUUACGACUUGAACUACUUGUUUUCUUCAAUUUAAACGAUGAGCCCCGGUCAACCGCCCCGCAUCCCACCCCCGUGCUACUCAAAGGAGCUGUUGCAACUCUAUAUAUACUUAAAUUACGACCACUGCUAUAUUGUGUUGUUUUUUAUUUUUAUUUUGUGGCUACCAGAAAUUUUUAACCUGGGGUGAGGCCCCUCCCCCCCCACCAAAAACCCACGUGCUACUCCACUGUUACGGUGCCUGUUGGAACUCUGAAAAUUGUAUAUAGAUUUUUACAACCACUGGCCAUUAGUAAGUAUUCAUAUUCUUCUUUUAAAAUUUUUGUGCGCCACCCACAUUUUAAGAUCAGGGUGACCAGUGCCGCCCCCAUCCCCUCCCCCACAACCCCACGCAACGACAACACCAUGCUUUUAGGGGACCUGUAGCAGUUGUAAAAAUUAGAAUCAGUAUGACCACGACAAGGUUGUUUUCUAAGCCCCCACAUCAUGAGUUGGGGUGACCGCCCCCUAAGCUGGCCCCACACAACGCUAUUCAAAAGCAUCUGUUGCAUAUCUGAAAAUGAUUUAUUGUUUUACAAUUAGGACCAAUUAAUACCACUACGAUAUUUUUAUGUCUUACAUUUAGCAGCCCCCCAUUUUGGGCACGGGGCGGCCCCCCUUAGACACCCCCAUAGUACACCCCAUGGUACACGAAGGCACCCGUCAGCCGUUUUCUUUCUCCUUUCAAAUUUAGCAUGCCCCCAUUGUUUUAGCGCCCCAAUGCUACGCCACUGGUGUGGAUUUGUUUCGUUUGACAACGUUGCUGAUUUUUUCCAGUGAAUCCAAAGUAUACCACAACGUGGUGGUUGAGUGCGAACAUCUCAGGUAAACAAGACAGGAACAGAAUAGGAAAUGAGUUUUUUGGAAAGAUGCUUCAAUCGCAGCUGAUGACACCCCCUCCCUGUCUACCUCUCCAACCCCCCAACCCCCAUCCUUCUGUAGCCACUCUCAGAGCUUCAUGGAGGACAGUGUGGAAGCUAACUGGCUGAUGCGCCAGCGCCAUUCCACGGGCUGGCACAGCCAAAUGUCCCGCGCCCUCUCUCGGGACGCCAUUGGCUGACAAAGGGAGAACGCGGGCCACUGGUCCCGGUCUGUGUGCUCUAAGACGGAUGGUGCAGAACCUCAGCGGACAAUGUGAGGAGGAACCGCUGGAGGGAUACUUUUCAUUUUUUAAACACUUGAGCACCCCCACCCUUCUCUGGUUGGAUGCUUUUUUUAAGGGCGGCCACCGCCCCCCCCAGGCAGGAUGACGGGACAUUUGUGCAUGCAGAGCGACUAUGCAGGACAGGUGAAAGUGUUGCCGGAGGAGAGAGAGUGGAGGUGCAUUGUGGGUAUUGUAUUUCCAAGGUGCUUGACCUCUCUCCAAGUCACAGAAGCUGAUUUUCUUUCCAAGCAUUUAUUCUCUCCCUCUCUCUCUUCCUCUCUUGUAGUCUUUUUAAAUCGCCCUCUUCAUCCACAGACUAUUUCUCUCCAAAGGAUUCCUCCCCGCGCUUGAUUUCACUCACUUGACCUCUUCUAGGACACUUUUAGCGACUCUUUCAGACUUUUCAAGGAAAACGAAAUAUGCACAGCCUAGUGAGGACAAUGACAAACUCUGCAAACUGCUUAUUUUAUAUUUCUACUUAUUCUUACAGUAAUAGCAACACUAAAGGACUCCUCAUCACUAAUCUUCCAGAGAUUCUUUAUUGACGUGGAUAGAUGAGCUCUAUCCCAAAGGGAGAUGCGAAAUCAUUUCUUUUAUAUGAGCCGUCUUUUUCUUACCAAGACAAUCUUGCCCUACAAUAAAAAAAAAUGUGUUCCACCCCCUCCCACCGCUACCCACACCCCAACAUUCCCAAACCCCCAAAUUUGCACAUUACCCCGCUCGUCAUCCAGUCGCCAUGGAGCUCUCUGUUUACAAGCAAGAGGAUGUUUGCUGUUUUUUACACCACUUGGACCAACUUUGGUGUUUUUGCCGGGGGGGGGGGUUUCCCUUCCGGACUGGAUGGAAAUUCCCAUGACGUUCCCUCUGUAGCUCAGAGAGAGAUACCUUAGAGGUCCUACUGAGCCGAAUGAAUGUGUUUGUACAUACUUGUGUGUGUGUACCGGCUUUGUGUACACUAUAUGUACAUAUAUAUAAUGAUGCUAUGUGUGUGUGUAUAUACAGUUUGUUUGUAUA